AGCAAAGGCGUCUGUUAUGUUCCUGCCACCUUCUGGAGGAGAGUGGGUGGAGAAUGUUGUGAUUUUACACUAGGGAGUUGUUUGGGCUGUCAUUCAUUCGUUCAGCAGACCUUUUUUUGGGCACUCUGCCAGGCAGGGUGGGAGAGGUGCCUGGAUGGAUAGGGCACAAUGGGGCCAGACGGACAUGGUGCUUAGCCUUUUGGAGCUUAAAGUGUCUUGAGAAAUGCAAACAGGGUAAGCCAGCACCGUGCCUGACACAGCGCAAGUGGUUAUAAGUGUUGAAUAAAGGAAUGAAUUGACUUAUUUGGGAAUGAUUAGAAUGUGAGCAGGACGGUAGAGAGAGACUUUAUGCUGCAUGUGAGAGAUCGUUGUGAACUCAGGCUCGAUAUGUUUUAAGACAGAUUUGAAAGUCUGGACAGUUGCUAUUUAGGGAAGCAUUUACUUCUACAGAGGACUUGCUUUAAAGGUGGAAGGAAAAUGAAGAAGUAUUAGGUUUGGGAUUCUUCAGAGGUGCCUCUUUUAACUCCUGUUAUAUCUCUGAAUUUCACAAAUCCCUGAGUAUAAUCUCAGGGUUUGGGAAAGGGGAAGCUCUUCUAGGUAAUGAAAUGCCAGGCUGAUGGGAAAAGAACUGUAGGAAGCUCUCUCCAAAUCCAGGAUUUGAACAGAAAUCGUAUACCUCUGCAGUGUGUUCUUCCCACUAGAAAGAGUGUAGACUUUGAAGUUGGAGAGGCCUGGGUUGAAAAUCAGUGGCUCUAUCACUUCUGGUGAUUUUGGGUAAGUUAACAUAAUGUCUGUGAGCCUUUGUGUCAACAAGAGCCUGGGCUAAUCAUUCCUACAUCAUAGAGGUGUUAUGAGGAUCAGGUGAUGGUUCGUGUGUAAAUUGUCAUCAUAGUGCCUGGUGCUAAGACAAUAAGGAGGGGAGUCUUGGAGAUGCUGCAGUUUUAUUUAUUUUUUUAUUUUAUUUAUUAUUUUUAAUUUCAUUAUGCUCCCUUACUGGGGGGAUCCUCAACCUCCUGGGCCACAGACCGGUGGUGGUUUUCAGCCCAUUAGGAACUGGGCUGCACAGCAGGAGGUGAGCGGUGGGCCAGCUGGGAAGCAUUACCGCCUGAGCUCCACCUUCUCAUAGAUCAGCAGCGGCAUUAGAUUCCUACAGGAGUGCAAACCCUAUUGUGAACUGCACAUGCGAGGGAUCCGGGUGUGUGCUCCUUAUGAGAAUCUAAUGCCUGAUGAUCUGAGCUGGAACAGUUUCAUCCCGAAACCAUCCCUCUCCAUCCCCCAUCUGUGGAAAAAUUGUCUUCCACGAAACUGGUCCCUGGUGCCAAAUAUAGGUUGCGGACCGCUGCCUUAUAGUGUUAAUGUCCAGAGAACAAUGGGAUUCCUUCAAAGAGAAUUGGGAACCAAAGAGAGAGGGGGAGAAUCAUCUUAUCCUUGGUGAGGUUUUGAUUGUUCACUUUAGAUCAGAGAUAGCAGUGUUGGAGAAGUACCUACGGGGGCAUAAACAGAAAGAUCUUUUAGUGGAUACUUUUGGGCAAGUCUCUUAACCCUCUGAUAGUGGGUUAUGUAUCUACCUUACGUGGUGGACAUGAGGAUUAAGAGAGAGAGUGCAUACGAUGUGCCUAGCCCAAGGCCUAGCAUGUAAUAAGUGCUCAAUACAUGGUAGCUGUGUUAUUAUAACUGUGAAUGAUCUUUGAUAAUUGAUAAUGUAAUAAUCAUUUGAGACAGAAUGGCCAUUAGAGUGACCCAAUUUGUGUGUUUUUACAUUACUUUGGCAUUGCCCUACUUCAUUUCAGGAGGCCCUGAGACAAUUCCACUCCUCUCCCUGCCCCCCUACCCCCGCCCCAGCUCCCGGCCAGGGCUUGUACAGUGGUUUUUCACAGUAAAUCUUCAAGUUCUGCGAUAUCCAGAAUGUCAUGUGGCCUGUGUUUUGGACCGUGGUUCGUACCUAUGCUCCUUAUGUCACAUUCCCUGUUGCCUUCGUGGUCGGGGCUGUGGGCUACCACCUGGAAUGGUUCAUCAGGGGAAAGGACCCCCAGCCCGUGGAGGAGGAAAAGAGCAUCUCAGAGCGCCGAGAGGAUCGCAAGCUGGAUGAGCUUCUAGGCAAGGACCACACGCAAGUGGUGAGCCUUAAGGACAAGCUAGAAUUUGCCCCGAAAGCUGUGCUGAACAGAAACCGCCCAGAGAAGAAUUGAUGGAGGACACAGGGCCCUACGGCCCUACUGUGGGCGGUGACUUGUCCUGCUACCAUGUUGACAGAGCCCCAGAACCCACAUCUAAUUGGCUUUGUUGCUUAUUCUGGCCCCUCCCACACCACACAGCCACACAAAUACUGGCUGCUCCUUGAUGUCCAGGCAGACCCAGCGGCAGCCAAAGGGCCAGUGAAGAGGAAGGCCGCAUCUGUUGUGUGGUGGCCACAAGCACUCAGGCAUCUGAGUUUACUGGUGCACUGCUGGGAGGAGUGUUAUGAGAUGAACGUUGGCUGUCAAUCUCUGUGGGCAGGCGGUUUGGCCUCGAGUGGGAAUGGCUGGGAUUUGGGUGUUGCCUUUAGGAGGGAUACCUGCAUGUCUAGUUCCAGUCUGCACUGGGAAGAAUUCAAAUAUGCACCUGGCUCCCUUCACUGUUUUGCCCUAUCCUUUGUGCUCAUUCUUACUGAAAUCUGUCUUGUUAGCUCAGGAAUGGGAUUCCCCCAGGAAGGAAAGCAUUUUUCUGUUCUGGGAAGCCCAGACUGUUCACUAUGGGGCAGGGACGAACAUGUGCCUCGUGAAUUUGCUUGAAAACAGUCCCCAUCAUCUACCCCCAUCACUGUAGAGUGCAAAACUUGAUUAAAGUGGUAUCUGAGAACCAUAA